UUAAGGUAAAACAACCUUGCUGCGAUGCGUUUUGGGUCGACUCACUCCGCAGUCGGGUAUGAUUCGGGUAUUCGGUCGGGAACCCGGUUCCGACUACAGUCCAGUUCCCGGACCCGGUGUCGGGUAUAUGCCUCAGGAAUUGGCACUCUUUCCCGACUUCACGAUCAAAGAGACGCUCAGAUAUUUCGGACAAUUAUAUCGAAUGUCGCCAAAAGAUAUCAAAGCGAGGACUAAGUUCUUGAUUACACUUUUGCAUUUACCGGAGAAGAAUAGAUUAGUAUCACAGCUGUCGGUUAACAACUGGUUUAUAACCAACUCUUCAGGUGGUCAACAACGUCGUGUGUCAUUGGCGUCAGCACUGGUACAUCACCCGCCGCUACUCAUACUGGACGAGCCGACAGUAGGCGUGGAUCCGGUGCUCCGGAAAGCAAUUUGGGAGCAUUUGGACGCCCUCUGCAAAGACGACGGACUGACUGUCAUUAUAACGACUCACUAUAUAGAAGAGGCGCGAACCGCAGAAACGGUGGGACUCAUGAGAUUCGGUCGACUCCUAGUGCAGGACAAUCCCGACAAUCUUCUCAGACAUCACGACUUACCCACUCUGGAGGCCGUAUUCCUCAAGUUGUGUCAAUUAGAUUCAGCGCAAGUGCCAGAGAUUACCAACACUGACGCCAUGAGAUAUAACGCUCCGGAAGGCAGUAUCACUAUAUCUACCAUUGAAAACGAGAAGAAAAACAUUAGAAAUUUGAACUCAAAUGAAGACAACAAAGAUAUUAACGAAAACAUCGAAACCAGCGGUAAAACAGAGGAAAAUAAUAAUAAACCUAAAGGUAAUCUAUUGGUGCCGUCGAUGCCGUCCACAUUCAAGGACGUGUCGGCCAACGCCACGCCGUCGAGUCUGACGCCUCGCAUGUCGUUCAGCGAGAAGUCCAGCGACGGGCCGUCGGCUCAGGUCAACAUACCGUCCGGUAAACGCAAGGCGUUCGACAUCCACAGAGUUUACGCCCUAUUCGUGAAGAAUAUCAUCCGUUUGAAGCGAAACGUGCCGAUCCUCCUCUUCUACUUCUUCCUGCCCUCCAUACAGAUCGCCCUCUUCUGCAUCUGCAUAGGACAGGACCCCAAGAAUAUACCCGUCGCCAUAUAUAACGCCGAAGACCCGCCCGGACUCAGCGCCGAAUACCUAUCGUUUGUCAAUAAGGAUAUUGUAGUACAGGUGCCCUACCCUUCGCUAGAAGAGGCCCGACAGGCCGUAGUCGAUGGCAAGGCGUGGGCGGCCCUACACUUCUCGCACAACUAUUCCUAUGCCUUAAAUCAGAGAAGAGUUUUGGCCGGACUCGCGGACAACGACACGAUCGAGUCGUCAAACAUAAAGCUCUACUUAGAUAUGUCUAACCAAGUGAUUGGGUUUGUGCUGUUGCGCUCAUUCUUCCUGGCUUUCCAGACGUUCGCACAGGACUACCUGUCCCUUCUGGGCUACAAUCCGGCGACAGUCACGCUUCCCAUAACCAUCGAGAAAGUCAUUUACGGCAAUCUUCACCCGUCGAUGACUGAGUUCAUGGCUCCGGGAGUUAUCAUUUUGAUCGCCUAUUACGCGACCACUGCUCUGACGGCCCUAUCGUUGGUGUUGGAGCGGAAGGACGGACUCCUGGAGCGGUCACUCGUGGCGGGCGUUAACUCCAUUGAAUUCCUGGCCUCACAUAUAAUGACACAGACAUUAGUGCUGACAAUUCAGGAGAUAUUUAUGUUAAUCACUACGUUCUGGAUCUUUGGUGUCCCGUCACAGGGCCCUAUGAUUUGGGUCUUCUCACUCACAUUCUUCCAGGGUGUGGCGGGCGUUAUGUUUGGUUUGUUCAUAUCGUCGCUGUGCGCGGAUGAGGUGUCGGCAGCCAUGUUAGGCAUGGGCUCAUUCUUCCCGACCAUUAUGUUGGGCGGCAUUUUCUGGCCGAUACAGUCGAUGCCCGAUUGGAUGGCAUCGUUCGCCUCGUUUUUGCCCCAAACACUACCCGUAGAGUCCAUGCGAUUCAUUCUGUCCCGGGGUUGGGACGUAACUUAUAUCGAGGUUGUGUUGGGCUUCGUGGCCACCUGGGGCUGGAUUUUGCUGUAUUUAGUGGCCGCCGCCUUUAUUUUCAAGAAAUACACAUAAUUUUAUUAUUAUUUUCUAAAUUAAGUUUUUUUGUUAGUAUUUUAUAUUAAUUUUUUGCGUUUAAUUAUAACUUAAUUAUUUUGAAGUUUGCAUUUACCUACAAAUAUCGUUGUCCCGAAUGUUAUGAUCAGUUUUUAUAUAAAUGUAAUGUUUUGUUAUGAUAUAAGGAUUAAGUGAAUGUUUUCGUGCCCUUAAAGAUGUGUG